AUGGACUCCUUGCACCAGUCCUCAAGGCCGUGGUGCAAAGGACAGGAGUUGAGCCAGAGGCAAUGCUCCUCUGGACUUCAAGCAAUUGCCACUGUUGCGGCUGCCAUCCAAUCUGGAUACUACACCAUGGGCAUCGCAGGUGGUGUGGAAACGAUGUCCCUGGCGGAUCCCCCCAAAUGGCAAGGGCCUCUGAACCCUAGGAUCCACACGAUGCCGGAGACAGCCGCCUGCCUGAUACCCAUGGGAAUUAUGUCAGAGAAUGUGGCACAGCGUUUUGGAGUGAGCCGCACACAGCAGGAUCUAUUCUCUGCAGAGUCACACAGAAAGGCUGUGGCAGCCCAACGUGCUGGAAAGUUCAUGGACGAGAUUGUGCCCAUUGCAACAAAGGUGAAACAUCCCAAAACUGGCAAGCUUGUUGACGUUGUGGUCAGUGAAGAUGAUGGCAUCCGUCCUGAUACGUCCACUGCCGUGCUGGCCAAACUUCCGCCUGCUUUCAAGGAAGGGGGCACCACAACUGCAGGCAACUCCUCACAGAUCACCGAUGGUGCAUCGGCAGCGCUGUUGAUGACACGACGUGAGGCCUUGCAGCGGCGACUGCCAGUUAUGGGCAUCUUUCGAAGUUUUGUUGCUGUUGGUGUUGACCCAGCCAUCAAUGGCAUUGGGCCUGCAAUCGCCAUUCCUGCCGCUGUGAGGAAGGCUGGCCUGGUUGUGGAGGACAUCGACAUUUUCGAGCUCAAUGAAGCAUUUGCAUCUCAGGCUGCUUAUGUUGUGGCAAAACUGGGGCUGGAUCCCAGGAAAGUGAACCCCAACGGUGGUGCCAUCGCCUUGGGGCACCCGCUGGGCAGCACGGGUUCCCGGUGCGCUGCUACGCUUCUGCAUGAAAUGCGCAGGAGGGGGAGGGCGGCGCGUUUUGGCGUGAUCACAAUGUGCAUAGGGUCAGGCAUGGGUGCAGCCGCAGUGUUUGAGCAGGGCAGCGAGGCGGAUGAUUUGAAUGUGGGUGCAGUGGCGGAGCAAGGGCACCUCUCCAGGGACGCUUGCGUGUGA